AUGUGGCGGCAGGCAAGGCCAGUAAUCAGCUGGCUUAGACCCGGAGCGGCCAAUGGUCGCCGCGCUAUCUCGACAGGAGAGCAAAAUGUUGUCUUUUCGGGGAUCCAGCCCACAGGAAUACCGCACCUGGGUAAUUAUGCUGGUGCCAUCCGCCAAUGGGUGCAACUUCAGAGCGAGCCAGUCGACCGUUACAAGCUCAUAUACUCCGUUGUCGAUCUGCACGCCAUCACCCUGCCCCAGCAAGCCAAGCAGCUGAGACGAUGGAAGAGGGAGACGUUAGCCGCUUUGUUGGCAGCCGGUAUUGACACUGAACGCUCUACUCUAUUCUAUCAAUCAUCGGUCCCGGCUCAUUCGGAACUCAUGUGGAUCUUGAGCUGUACGGCUUCCAUGGGCUACUUGUCACGUAUGACACAGUGGAAGGUUAGGUAUUCUCUGAUGACACUCUUUCCACAGAGCAAGCUAUCACUAUCAUCUGACGCAACCAUUCUUGAUGAUGGUGCCAAGGCUUCAUUGAAACUCGGAUUGUUUUCCUAUCCUGUCCUUCAGGCUGCAGACAUACUUGUUCAUCGAGCAACUCAUGUUCCAGUUGGCGACGAUCAAAGGCAGCAUCUGGAGUUUGCCCGAGAAUGUGUCACCAAUUUCAAUCACACUUUCGGUCCACAUCUCGUGUCCCCCGAGACCAUCACACCGCCGACUCGUCGGGUCAUGUCCUUGCAACAGCCGACUCAGAAAAUGUCGAAAUCCGCCAUCGACCCAAAGUCACGCAUCCUUAUUACUGAUGCGCCGGGGGAAAUCCACAAGAAGAUUAUGAGCGCCUUGACAGACUCUUCAAACUAUGUCUCGUACGAUGCCAAAAACCGACCGGGGGUAUCAAACUUGCUGGAAAUUCUAUCCCUUUUCGACGACCAGGGUAGAGGUCCAACCCAGCUUGCCCAGAGUCUUUCUCGGGCGUCCUUAAAAGAUCUCAAACAAACAGUCUCUAACUCUGUUAUUCAAGGACUUGCUGGAAUCCGGGAGCGAUACAUGGACCUUAUUUCAGCUGACGAGGGAAGAUAUCUCGACUUCGUGGAAGCACAGGGGGCCAAAAGAGCCCGUCAAAGUGCCGAAAAAACCAUGUGCAUCAUCAGAGAAGCCACCGGGCUCUAG